AACCAUAGACAAUUAACAAACUGAAAUGAAAAUGUCCGUCUAAUGAUACGUUUUAUCUUUAUUUUGUGACUAUAAUAAUCGUGGAUUGCGAUGUUGAAUAUUUUCUUUGGGAGUGUAUAGAAUCCUAAAGCUUUAUAAUAUCAUCAAAAUGAUUGUCCAAGAACCUAUACAGGUUAUCAUUUGGGAUUGUUUGAACAAUUAUGAAUAUGACAACGCUAUAUUCUUGGCCGAAAGAUUACAUGCUGAAGUUGGAUCAGAAGAAACAGCUUUCCUUUUGGGAACAUGCUACUACCGAUGUGCGCGGCUCAACGAGGCUCACCACUUACUACAAAAUAUACCACUGACCAUACCCCAGGCGAGGUUUCUUCUAGCAAAGUGUUCUAUAGAAUUGAAAAAUUACAAAGAUGCAGAAGUGGUAUUGGGAUCCAACAUUGAGAUUGUGGCUUCUGAAUUUGGAGAACAGGCUCCAUAUGCCCUGCAACUCCUUGCCCACAUCUUCAACAUCACAGAGAGGAGAAGUAAAGCCACGGAUGCACUCCGGAAGGCUCUAUCACUUAAUCCAUUCAUGUGGAGCUCUUUUGCGGAUUUGUGUAAUUUAGGUGAGAAAAUAGAUCCACAUCAAGUAUUCCAAAUGAAUAACACUGACUUUUCAUUUGGUGUGACCACAUUUGUGAAUCUAGUCAACAAUUCUGAAAACAUUUCAUUUGUUAAUAGCAACAUUCCUAAUAAUACUAGUAUCAGUAUGAAUGCUAAUGUGACUCCAAUGAAUAAUGUGGCUCCUCGGAGUCCUAUGACCAUGUCCACCAGCAUCACACCUGAGACGCAGGCCCCUGUUAAACGCAUGCACAGUGUCUUUAGUGGACUAGCACCAAUACAAUUCUCCCCAUCAUUUGGUAUGUUACCAAUGGAAGAAUCUCCCGUUUUGUAUACUCCCACACUCACUGACUCAAAUGAGCAAAAAGCCAUACCUAAAAUAGUUAACUCCUUAAGAGCACAAAUGGGGCAACUAAAAGAUGCAGUAUUCAGUCCUACACCUAGAUGUACAUUGGGCCCGGCUCCUCGGCGGUCUUCGAGGCUAUUCAGCAACAACAGUAGUUAUUCAGUCAAAGAGAACAAUAAAUCACCAAGCAGAAAGUUUGUAGCACCUAAAAGUCCGUCUAGAAAAAAUAAACAGCGGACUGCUAAAAACAACAUCAAAGCUAAUUCAGUUGAAACUAAUGAGAGGUCGAAAUCUAUAGAAACUGUAACACCCACUCUUACGCCAAAGAGCUCUAAUGGAGUAGCAUUAUUAAAUUUAAUGAGAGAGUUAGGAGAUGCUUACAAGGCAUUAGCAUUCCUGGAUUGUAAAAAUGCCAUCAAACUAUUUCAAGAUAUACCUGCUAAGCAGUUAGCAUCACCAUGGGUUCAGACUAUGAUUGCUCGGGCACAUUAUGAGAUGGCUCAGUAUGAAGCUGCAGCAAAAGUAUUUGCAGAAAUAAGGAAAACACAUCCUUGUCGGACUGAAGGAAUGGAUAUUUAUAGUACUUGCCUAUGGCACUUGCAGCGCGAGGCACAGUUGUCUGCAUUGGCUCAAGAGUUAGUAGAAAUGGAUAGGAGCGAUCCUAUUGCCUGGUUGGUAUCUGGCAACUGUUUCUCUCUUCAUAAAGAACGAGAAACUGCUCUUAAAUUCUUUAAAAGAGCUGUUCAAAUGGAUCCCUACGCGUCUUAUGCCCAUGCUUUAUUAGGACAUGAGUAUGCAGUAGCUGAGGAAACAGAUAAAGCACUUGCUAGCUUUAGAACUGCAGUCAGUAUUGAUCCCCGUAAUUACGUAGCGUGGUUUGGUAUAGCGACAGUGUAUGCGCGGCAGGAGCGUUGGAAAGCGUCAGAAGUUCACAUACGGCGUGCGCUGACCAUUCAUCCCCACUCGGGAGUUUUAAGAUGUCAACUAGGGCUCGCUCAGGCAGCUUUAGGUAAAAUGGACAGAGCCCUCUCAACACUAGAGCGGGCCGUACAACUGGACACAGAGAACCCCCUGUGCAGGUUCCACAGAGCAUCGGUCUUGCUGCGCGCUGGAAGACCGCAAGAUGCAUUGGCAGAUCUACAUCACUUGAAGGACAUAGCUCCAAGAGAAUCAUUAGUAUAUUAUUUACUUGGCAAGGUUCAUAACGAGCUUGGCAACAAGCACUUAGCACUGAUGCAUUUCAGCUGGGCGACAGAUUUAGACCCGAAAGGCACAGGAGGCCACAUCAAAGAAGGCUUCGAUCCAUCAAAGCAGGAGGACCCACCAGAGAGAUCAACUUAAUUCUCUGCUGACAAUGAACGCCGAUGACAGGCAGGUAGCGCUGUGGGCGCGCGCGUUGACUGAUCCAUGUAAAUAUCGCGCUCACCGUUCGAGCUCUUAUCGACACCAAAUCUUCCAAAUAUAGCUUUAUGGAGCUCGAUAGGUGUGGAGCAUUUAGCUGCUAUAGUAGUAAGGGCGUAUCUGGAUUUGUUUAUAUGUAUAGAAUAAGUUGUGGAUAUUCCUAAUGUCAUCCUAGAUUAUGUAACUUGUAUAUCAAAUUGAACUCCUAAAGUAUGCAUAUAAUUUAUAAAUGAUGCUUUUGAAAGAUCGAAGAGACUCAGGGCCUUGAUCUCAAAUGAAGUUAAUUCGACGCUGUAUUAAAUCGAAUAAUGAUGCAAAUAUUUUUUAUUUAUUAAUGCCAUAAAAAUUCGUGAUACUGUUAACCGAGUGCUACAACCAUGUUGUUGGGGGUUUGUGUAUCUUCUUUUGUACAAAGGCUGAGUGGGGUGAUACCAGGCCCCUGUUUCACCAACUGACAAUUGUCUGAUAUAGAAAAUUCACCAUACAUUUCUGGUCCAUCUAGUAAACAUUUGACACUAUUAUAGCGUUGUUACUUACCGACCCAAAAAUGUACAGGAAAAUGUCAGUGAGCAGACACUGUAAAGUUGGUGAAAUGAGGCCAGCUCAUGUAGUUUGUAGAAAUUCUUAUGUCGAGAACCGCUGGCGGUGUUCCAAUGUAUGUCUAAUGCUGAUAAUUACGCUCUUAACUAUAAGUAUUUAUAAUCUGAACUGUUUGAGCUAUGCAUUUAGACAUUAAUGCCAGGUGAAGGUGUCAAGCUCGAUGGGAACCCCACUUUCUGGUCUGCUCACUAUCCAAAAUUUGAUUGAGCUUCAUAAGAAUUACCUCGGUAGAUCGUGACUUGAGAGAAGGGAAUAAAAGAUAGAUAAAAUCAAUCUACGCGAAGGUCGGGAUUGCUAAGAUAUUUUUUAGUAACCUUGCUGUAAGGCCAAAAUGUGCGUUUGUUGUGGUGCAUCACCAAGCACAACUUUUCAAAUUAUAUGAUUGCUGACCAUUUUAUAAGCAUCAUUUGAAGAUUGGUCAAACCUGUAGGUUGAAAAUCAAGCCAGGUUGUAAGAACCUUGAUUUUUUGAAGAGAAUAAGCAGAAGUGGAUAAGUGGCUACGCGGCUAGUGUUCAAAAUGAUCUGCGCACACACUCAUAACAACAAAGUUGUGUAGAUCACUUUGUACACCUAAACCGGGUAGCUACUUCUAUUGCUGACUGUAUCGCCUCCACUGUUAACCGACAGUUCGUAAACCUUAUUACAAAAGGCAUAAGGUCCAUUUAAGAGUGUUGCUGUUUGUAGUACGUCAGUACCAAAGUACUAAAUCUUUUUAGCAAAGCAAAAAGUGGGAUUACCAGAGUAAGACAUAAAAGAAGCACAAUGCACAAUGCAAAGAGACGCGGGGUUACCAUAUUGGAGUAAGAAGUAGGCUUGUCUAGUAAACUUGAUAAGGAGAUGGCCCAAGAACCAACUUGUAGUUCAAGAAUAGAAGGUUGCCAGCAUCUUAGUUCAUAGUGCAUGAAAUUAUUUUCGUGUAUUCUCCUUGUGUUUGUACAAUAACAAUUAACUAUAGCACUGUUUGUCAUUUAAAAUCACCAGGACAGGCUUGAUUUAAACCACCUCUAAUUAUGUGUAUGAAUUAAAAUAAAUAGAACUGAUGUAAUAUU